CAUCUAAAUGUGCCCGCCACGACCGCUUGUCGUGUGGAUUUACAUGAAUGUGGAGUCCACGAGUUAUUGCACUUAAAUUGACAAAAAUCUCCCAUUCAGUAGGACAUAAAAUCCCUUUGUGUCAUUUAAAGGGGUUACAUUUUCUGUGUGGGCGAUUUCGUUUUAGCUCUGCGAACAGUUGUGACGCAGAACAACGAUUUAUGUCAAGAGAACCGAAGAGAAUCCGCAUCGACGAAAUGGGCAUUAAAAAGAUCGGAACUCACAACGGAACCUUCCACUGCGACGAGGUCCUGGCCUGCUUCUUCCUCCGCCAGUUACCGGAGUACGCGGAGGCUGAAAUUGUUCGAACAAGAGACACAGCUGUACUGGCAGAAUGUGAUGUUGUUGUUGACGUGGGAGGAGAAUUUGACCCCAAGAGGCAUCGCUAUGACCAUCAUCAGAGGACUUUCGCGGAGAACUUCCACAGUCUGUGUCCUGAGAAGCCGUGGGUGACCAAGCUCAGCUCUGCCGGUUUGGUCUAUCUGCACUUUGGCCGCCGACUGCUGGCCCAGCUGACGCAGAUGAAGGACGAUGACAGGCAGCUGAACGUGCUUUUUGACAAGUUGUAUGAGAACUUUGUGGAGGAGGUGGAUGCUGUAGACAACGGUAUCUCACAGUGUGACGGGGAAGUUCGUUAUGCCGUCUCCUCCACGCUGAGUGCACGUGUCGCACAUCUGAAUCCUCGCUGGAACAGCAAGAGUCAGGACACUGAGGAUGGCUUCAGGAAGGCCCUGAAGAUGGUUGGGGAAGAGUUUCUGGACCGUCUGGAUUUCUACAAAUCCUCCUGGCUGCCAGCCCGAGCAGUGGUUGAACAAGCAUUCAAAGAGAGACAUCAGGUUGAUCCCAGUGGGGAGGUGCUGCUGUUCUCUCAGGGUGGCUGUCCCUGGAAGGAGCAUUUGUUUGCUCUCGAGAAAGAGCUAGACGUAGAAACUCCCAUCAAGUUUGUCCUUUACUCGGACCAGAACGACCAGUGGCGUGUCCAGUGUGUCCCUGCAGGGCUUAACACCUUCCAGAACAGGCUGUCCCUUCCAGAAGAGUGGCGCGGUGUGCGAGAUGAGGCGCUGUCGGAGCUCAGUGGCAUUAAGGGAUGUAUCUUUGUCCACGCUGGAGGAUUUAUUGGCGGCAACAAGACCCAGGAAGGAGCCCUGGAGAUGGCCAGGAGGACCCUGCAGGCUGCCGCCCAGUCUCCUGCGAAACGGAAGCAGCUAAAUGUCCAGAUCGAGUAGCCAAUGCAUCAUAAAGAAACAAAGAAUAACGUGUUGGUGUAGAUUAUAAUGGUUUUGUUACAUCAUGAGUCACUAGAUGUCUUGUAGUUUUUCUAUGUGAUAAAGACCACUGUGGCUUCCACGUUGGUAUUCGUAUUUCCUGCUGGAUUAAAAACAUCAAUAAACAAACAGUAUUUCUAA